CGAGGCGAAUUAUAUGAUCGCUAACACGUCGCGGAUUGAUGACGUCACACGCGACGGAGCCAACCGACAUGUGGAAAGUGCGAGGGUUCGCUCAAAAUUCAACAUAAUUUACUGUGCGUGGUGUUUUGUUUCAAAACCAUGGAUGAAUUAACAGCAGACAUCAAGGCUUUGCUCCUCAACCACCCUUUUCUUGAGCUGACUGACAGCCGAAAGGUUAGCCACCACGUCAUGAUCAAGUGCACUUUGAACGGCCAUGAGCUUCCAUGUAACCUGGCAGAGCUGGAGAAUUUCACCAAAGGGAAGAAAUAUCAGAAACUGAGCUCCCAUGCGGAGUUUAACUACAGCCAGUAUGAACCACACAUUGUGCCAAGCACUAAACAACCCAAUCAGCUCUUCUGCAAGCUGACGCUCAGACACCUCAACCGACUACCGCAACAUGUUUUAAAACACGUCAACGGGAAACGCUUCAAGAAGGCCCUCAACAUGUAUGAGGAAUGUGUAAGGCAGGGGAUCGAAUUCAUUCCAAUCAGACUCCAGCAGAAAAGGCCAAAGUUUACAGACGACAACAUCAAAGACGUCCACCAGGGGCACACUUCCAAGCACGGCGUGUGGGAGCAGUCUUCCAGCGACGAGGGCGAUUCGGAGGACAGCAUGAGCGACCUUUACCCCUCGUCAAUGUUCAGGUUGGAGAACUCGGCGGAGAAAAAGACGGAGUCGGGUGAAGAUGACUUCAAAACAGAUGAGGAUGAAGGGAUGGAGGUGGACACGCAGACUGUGCAGAAACGUAAAAAGGUCCAGGGUGGUGGCUUCCAGAAGAAAUUCAAAAAUAACAGGAAAGGCCGGAAUAAGAAACCGGUGAAAGUUCAGAAUGGAAAGUAAACGAUUUUCUAACCUAUUAAAUAACGUAUAAAAGACGGCCUCCUUAAAGUUGUCCUUUUGCACACGUUCUUGAAUUUUUCAUGCAGUCUUUCACAAAAUAUAUAGCACUUAAAAAAAUUUCCUAUUUAAAAAUUGCCUCGUGGUUACAAUAUAAGACGCACAUUAUUUUUGAGGAACCAGUUGUAACAGGGCUUACCUUUUAAAAAAAUUAAAAUAAAAACAAUUAAAGUAUCCGUUAUUUAAGAAUAAAGAAAGUAUAAAAGUGGGCAGCUUUUGAGAAAAUUCCAUCAAUUAUACUGGAAAAAAAUUGUUCUGCAUACCAUUGUAUUCUUUCCUGUAUGCCAUUAUUUUUAUACUUGUACUUACUUUAUUUCAUGUUUAUGAACUAUACUGACAUAAUACAUAUAGUACAGGCCAAACGUUUGGACACACCUUCUCAUUCAAUGGGAUUUCUUUAUUUUCAUGACUAUUUACAUUGUAGAUUGUCACUGAAGGCAUCAAAACUAUGAAUGAACACAUGUGGAGUUAUGUACUUAACAAAAAAGGUGAAGUAACUGAAAACAUGUAUUAUAUUCUAGUUUCUU